CUCAUCUUCAUCUCGUCUAACUUAAAAUGAUUUUAUUUGUAUCUUUUUUGUUGCUUACAUUACCCAUCAUUUCAAAUGGACUGCAGUUGUCUCAUGAAAAGUCAAACUCGACUUUUUACGAUCGAGUCCGAUCUAAUGACAAUGAAUUGAUUGAUCAAGUCUGCGGUCGUGAUACUAACCCAGGAAAAGUGCCAUUCUACGCUUCAAUAGGAGUGGAUGAUCCAACCGGCCAUUACACAAUGUGUGGUGGUGUUUUGAUUGCAGACAGAUGGGUCUUGACUGAGGCUUAUUGUAUAUCAUCUAUUUGGGGACCCAUGCGAGUUAUUUUAGGUGACGAAUGGAACAACAAAACAAUUGGAGUGCAUGACAUUUACUCCCAUCCGGAUUUCAGACCUGGAAAACUUAUGAACAAUAUCGUCUUGGUAUUAUUGAAAGAACCAGUUCAGUUCAGCAGGAGUAUUCAACCAAUUUGUUUACCAGAACCUGGACAAGAUGAAACUUUUCAUGGUCGCUAUGGGACAGUUGCUGGCCGGGAAAAACUAAAUAUGACCGAGGGAAAACCUAAACCUUUAAAUGUGCAUAUAACCAGUUUGCCUAUCGACAGAUCUGAUGGUUGUGAUAUUGGAGUUUUUGAAAAAGUUUUUGGAAAAAAUAUCACUGAUUCCUUUUUCUGUGCUGGUUACCCGAAAAGACGAAAAGAUGCAUGUUUUCUUGAUCGUGGCGAUCCGUUCAUGGUCAAAGUUCGAAAACAUUGGGUAAUUGCUGGAAUCACAUUGAUUAAUAGGAGCUGUAAGAGGCUUCAUGCACUGGAUAUUUACGUUAGAGUUGAUUUUUACUUGGACUGGAUUAAAAGAACAAUAGAACCAAAAUAAUGGUUCAAAUGUAUUCCGAAAAGAUUUAAAUGUUCACCUGUUAUCUUCGACGCAUUAAAUGUAAUUUCCAAAAUAAGUUUGGGUCUCCCGUCUUAAUAUGCAAUCAAAAGCUUUUUUUUGGAGAGUGGUACACAAAAAUAUUAAUUGAGAAAGGGUCUUCUUAUGCAUCAGCUCAAGCUUUAUUACACUUGGGUUUGAUCAAGAGUGAAGAAGGAUACCAC